GUUUGAGCCAUGUCAUGAAAAAUGCCAAGGACCUUUGUAAAAAACACAUUCCAGAGAACUACAGGCUUGGGAUGCAUGUGUUUGGGCUCCUUGCAUGCUGUGAUAACUUAAAAGACAUGGAUGAUGUUGUCCAUAGUGCAGCAAUAGUGUUUUGCAGUCCUUGUAGUGGAAGGAACGUAACAAAACUACAACAACUUGAAAAUCCUUAUGCAAAAAAGGGGGACCCUGGAUUUGGAUGAAAAGACUGUGAUUGCUGAGGACUACAAGACUGAUGUUCAGAAUGCCCCAUUGAAGACCCAUUUCCAGGAAAUUGUUGACAAUGCAACACUGGACUGUGAGGGUGAAAGAAACAUCUUUCAUGCACCCAAAUUUGUUGCUGGUCUGGUAAAUCACCUUCUACCACAUGCAACUUUGUGGUCAUCAAUGAUGCUCGGGGACCUUGGACGUCAUGGUACUGGUCCUGCUUACCAGCAGCUCAGUAAACUCUAUGGUGACAUUCAGCAAUCCAAGAAGCAGAAUUUUACACAAGUCAACAGAACCCAAGGAAUCAUGGAGAAAAGCCAGUGGGAUUUGAAAAAAAUCUGUAUCCAGAGAAGGAGACUGACAAGGCUUGAUGACUUUGUGGAAAUUUAUCAGAAAAUGCACGAUGCCCUCCUGCUUGAAUAUGCAGACAUGAAAAAAUCAAGACAAAAGUCUUUUGGCGUGGAAAUGGAGAAAUGGAAAGACAAACGCAUUAAACGAAAAGGUGUGUAUGUGUCACCGUUAGUGACAGAACUGCCACUGAAGAAAAAGAAAACCGAGAUAAGUCAUCAUGUUCCCAUUAUUUUCAAUAAUUAA